GGGUUUUAGUUGGAGAACGAAUGGUGAUGAGGAUAUGUUGUGAGGAGGUUCCACAACCAAAAUUGAGAACUAGUUGGAAGACGUACGAAGACGACGCCGAAUACAUAUUAAUUCCGAUAAGAAAUUAAUUAAUUCUUUCAGACAACGAGUAUCGUGAACUGAUCGAUCGUACGCGAAAUACGCGUACGAAGAGACACCGUCAAGCUUCGAGAAGCCGCAGUUUGAUUCUUGAAGGUUCGUACAGAACAGAAGAUUAUAUAUUUCGCCGGAGUAUUCCAAUGGUGUGGACGUGCUUCCGAAAAGACGCGUGUUUGCGGGAUCUUUGUUCGUUAUAGAACCGCUUAUUUUUUUAUCUUCUUGGUGAAACGCACUGGAAUCUCAUUUUAUGUUCUACACAGUUUCUUAAAUCCGUUAUAGGUUCUAUAUUUCUAAGCAUGGUGUUGAGGAUGCGCCAUUGGGCUGUCUGAAACCACUACUGAAAGAAAGAGAAAGAGAGAGAGAGAGAGAGAAAGUGUGUGAGUGUGUGAGUGUGUGAGUGAGUUAUACAUUCCACACGUUAGAAACAAACGCAAAGGACAACGCAAUCAAGAACAGAAGUCACAAUGAGCUCCCAACAAAGUCCGGCUACUCUGCAGUCUACUGUCGAUCGUGAGAAGGUCUAUACUUGGAUAAUUGAGCUGUCAAACCCAGAAACACGGGAGAAUGCGCUUUUGGAAUUGAGUAAGAAACGCGAAGUAGUGCCUGAUUUGGCGCCUAUGCUGUGGCAUUCAUUCGGCACUACAGCUUCCUUGUUGCAAGAGAUCAUCAACAUUUAUCCGGCUAUUAAUCCUGCAACCCUCACUGCUUAUCAGAGCAAUCGUGUCUGCAACGCCUUGGCUUUGUUGCAAUGUGUGGCCAGCCAUCCUGAGACAAGAUCCGCAUUCCUACAGGCUCAUGUUCCAUUAUUUUUAUAUCCGUUUUUGCAUACUGUGAGCAAGACUAGACCUUUCGAGUAUCUAAGGCUGACUAGUCUUGGAGUAAUAGGAGCAUUAGUCAAGACAGACGAACAAGAAGUGAUUACUUUCCUAUUAACUACAGAGAUCAUUCCUUUAUGCUUGCGAAUUAUGGAAAGCGGCUCAGAAUUAAGCAAAACCGUCGCGACAUUUAUAUUGCAAAAGAUACUCUUGGAUGACAGUGGUCUAUCGUAUAUUUGUCAAACCUAUGACAGAUUUAGUCAUGUUGCGAUGAUUUUGGGGAAAAUGGUUCUAUCCUUAGCCAAAGAUCCAUCAGCAAGAUUACUUAAACACGUUGUAAGGUGUUACUUGAGACUGUCAGAUAAUCCCAGAGCACUAUUAGCAUUAAGACAAUGCUUGCCGGAUCAACUUAGGGACAAUACUUUCGCUACUUGUUUACAAGAAGACGCCUCAACAAAACAUUGGUUAAAUAUGCUCUUGAAGAAUUUGGAGACCGGUCCCCAGCCUGGUCCACCGAGCCAACCAGGUCAGCAGGAUCCCAGAACGAUCGGCAUGUCGCCGCUUACAUCUUGAAUACGUCAGAUUUAAGACUGGGCAGGAAGCAGUGCCAAAUGUGCAAGUGCAUCGUAUGUUGUGUGAACAGAUUUCGAGGCGCUUCUUUCCGUAAGUUCUGAAUUUUUACGAGAAGCACCAUUGUUAUAUAUAAUUAACGAUUAACCGCGUAUUAUAUAUAGUUACGAAUUGUGCUGUGAGUUCUAAUGAUAAGGGGGUAUUGUCAGAUUGACAACUCAAAUAUAUGACACUUGUAUAUAUCUUGCAUACUCCGCGAUGAAAUUUACCAGUUACGCAUUUGGUUUGAUUUUUACGGAUAUUUUCAGUUUUCUCAGUUUAGCGUGUUGUCGUUUAUCAAUUAAUGCUAACAAUCAACCGUUUCUUCGAUAGGAAAUCUAUCGUGUAGAAAUUUUAACGAAAAAUGCAACAUGCACCUUAAUGUAUAGGAUUUAUACAAAUAUGUUCGUUUAAUUGCGUGAUAUUUUAGUAGGUUUUACGACGUCUGUCGUCCAUGAAUAUUCUACGCUCUGCCUCGUGUGAAUUAAGUGUAGAUUGCGUAAUAAUUAUUCUCACUAAUGAUGGACAUUUAUAUGAAUAGAUACACGAUUAAUAUCCCGAGUAAUGUCUUUUCGCAAUGUUGUGUAUUAUUUUUCGUCAACCUAAUUAAAUUUAAUUCAAUAAGCGAUAUACGAAACAUUCAUCGUGCACGAAUCUAUCUCGUUCAGUAAUUUUGUAUAUAUAUCUUACUGUCUGAGCUUAUAUAAUAGUUUAUUUAAUGUUAAUUAAUCAGUACGUGCGUGUGAUGAAGAAUAUUCAUAGUAGUUCAGUCUUAUAUGCAUUAUGAUGACUGAUCAGUAAUUAUGCACGAUUGAUGAUUGAAUCAUUAAAACGAUGUAGGCGUCAAUUACUUUCCAACGUAUAAUUUUACGAGAUAUCGGAACUAGUCGAAAGCAAACUCAGACGAAUAUAGAUUUAAUCCCCGCUAAUGUAAAUUUCGUCUGGCUGAAUCGGCGAUAAAACAGAACGAUUGCUAGCAUUUCAAAGAGAUCUACAUCAUCAUAUCGCUCGCAUCGUUUGUCGUUCUUGCGAGUUCAGUUUAAUUCUACAGAGAAAAUAAGAAUAUGGAUAUCAUCUAGCAAGUGACACGACGAGAUUCAUCGACGAAUCGAUCGCGCAAGAGCAAACACAUACGUACCAUUUUUAAAGAAUACUGUGAAUGCAAGAGAAUAUAUAUGGGCUGUACAUAAUUUCUUGUUUGCGUAACUGUACUUAUGCGAGCCUAUAAACUACGAGACUAUCAGGGCCAUCAAAAUUGUAGUUAGGAAACCCAUCUACUAGAGAUGCACUACUAAAGAUAUGACAUUCUGUACAGAGAAAGAGGAGCUAUUCCAAAAAAAUAAAAACUUCAAUCAUAAGUCUCAAA